GAAAUUGAUGGCGUUGGACGACUAGCCAUCAAAGAAGUCUUGAGCUACCUGGGCGCGAAGAACGGUGCAUCCGCGUUGUUUGGAUGCACGCGGAAGCUGCUGCAGCGGGCGACAAACUUGCAGCCACGCCUCGAUGGGCUUCCGUGGAAACAUAUCUGUGCAACCGGUGAUCUGACACGCUACGACUCAAGCUCAGAGCAAGCCAUGGCAGUUAUCAAGUUUGCAACGUCGUAUACACAGUUGCGUGGUAAGCAUGUCUUGAAGUUCUUUGGCAGUGACGGUCGCGACAAGGGGCUUCGGUUUAGUCAAGACGAGCUCUUGAUGCUGAAAGCGUGGCAUGCUUCGGUUCCAACCCUGACUGUCGCUUUCACCCUCAGUUCAGCAGGCUUCGCGUCAACGAUGCAUGGCAUUGAUGGCUUUGGACAACUAGCCAUCAAAGAGGUCUUGAGCUACCUGGGUGUCUCCGGACGUGAACGGUUUCGCACGAUGGUCUUUGAACUCAUACCCUGCGGUCCGGGCGCGAAGAAUGGGGCAUCCGUGUUGAUUGGAUGCACGCGGAAGCUUCUGCAGCUGGCGACAAACUUGCAGCCACGCAACCAGGAGUAUGCUCAAGGACUUACUUACAAGGUGCCCGCUGGGUGGAGCCCGAGGGACAACAUGGCCAUCGUUCCACACUGCGAUGGCGCAGUCACAGCGCGUGAGGCAGUUCCAUACGGACAUCUGAAGACGCCGUGGCAUCUG